GGCGCUGACUUGGUAUGGAGGACAAAAAUGAAAAGCUACAGAAAAUUAGAAUGUCAGCAAGAACAGAAAGACGGCAAAGGAAAGCCAGGCGCAGCAAACGCAGCACAGUACGCCCUCCACCUCCACUGUCUCCUCUCUAACCUCUCAAAACCCUAACUCCUACCCUUCUUCCGAUCAUCCCUUGCCUGUAUUUCUCACAAUUUUUACUGCAUAAUGUCUCACCCCUUGCCCCUCAGAAAACAAGCUGAUCACGUCCCCGAUGAUGGCUCCUCUGCCUCUAAGCUAUCUCGUCUCAAAAUUGGAUUACCUUCUGAUGACGCUGACAAGAAGAAUGCAAAUAAGAGAGUUAAAGAUGUUGAAAUUUGUGUUCCAAUAGUAUAUGGGACUAUAGCUUUCUAUCUUGGCAGGAAGGCUAGCGAGUCUCAAUCGCAUAAGUGGAUGGUCUAUGUACGUGGGGCGUCGAACGAAGAUCUUGGGGCGGUCAUUAAGCGGGUUGUAUUUCAAUUGCAUCCUAGUUUUAGCAACCCUACGAGGGCUGUUGAAUCACCGCCAUUCGAACUAUCGGAAUGCGGCUGGGGUGAAUUUGAAAUCGCCAUCACCCUCUUUUUUCACAAUGAUGUCUGCGAUAAGCAGUUGGAUUUGUACCACCAUUUGAAAUUAUAUCCAGAGGAUGAAUCGGGUCCGCAGUCCACCAAGAAACCUGUUGUAGUUGAAUCUUACAAUGAAAUUGUUUUUCCUGACCCGAAUGAAGCUUUUCUGGCACGUGCGCAGAAUCACCCUGCGGUUAUUGUGCCUCGGCUUCCUGCCAGCGUUAAUCUACCCAGUCGUGUUGAGAGGGUCAGUGAAAACGACGGAACUGAUACCAAAGACCAUCCUCUGAGCCAGUGGUUCAUGAAUUUUUCAGAGGCUGAUGAGCUUUUAAAGCUUGCAGCGGCACGCCAGCAGGUGCAAGCUCACAUUGUUAAGCUGAGAAGACAGUUGAGUUUGAUGGACGGGUUGACUCCGCUGUCAAAACCAGCCUCUGGUUAUGAUUUCUGAAUGUACAUGAUUUCUGUUGAAAAUUUGUGGAGUCAAUAUCUUUUAAUAUGUACAAUAUUGAAUAUUGGUUCUACAUGAUCAUCUCUGUUAAUAUGCAUAUCAUCUCAACACGAAAGACUCUGUAGAUUGAGUCGAAUCUUUCGAUUUGUAGAAGGCAAGAGAUUGCCCUCGUUAUUUCUCAGCAAAGCAUAUGGUACGUGGCAGUUGUGUAGCAAAAUAGAUUAUCCUUUUUUUUUUUUUGAUUUGGUAUUCUGCAUAACUAUGCAUCGGCAAUACCAUGAGGGAUGAUGGCCAAUAAAAGGAAAUACUAUAUGAGAUGCAAGUUAUUAUUAUUA